UACGUCGAUCACUUCUGUCAAUUUGUCAAAAAAAGGAAACCGGCCGCAGUCGGAUUUAUUAAUUUUCAAUGUUUUUUAUGGCUAAUUAUUAAGGAUAUUGCUUAAAUAAGAUUUGUGUAUUUAAGAUCAGACUCGUCUCUGAUCAACGGAAUUAAAACGAUGCAUUUAAAUACAUUCAGCAUUUUAGUGUUAUGCCUAGUUGGCUGGAGCAGUGCUAACACCCUCCAAGGCUCAAUAGACUUGAAGCGGAUCCAGUCUAUCCUCCAAGAGGGCCUCAAAAACAAGGAUGUUGCGUCACUGUACUACUCUAUCAAGGGUUUGAAAGAUCUCAAAGUACCAAUCCCUGAUGUUUGCCAGGACAUCAAAAAUGCCAAAUAUGAUUCCAAAAACAUUGAGCAAGUGUUCUAUCUGGCUAGCGCCGCGGCCCUCUCAGGCUGUCAGAACUCCUUAUCUCCGGAUCUCCUCCGGCCGCCGUCGCAGGUGCUAGACAAGAAAGACGCAACCAUCCAGGAGCUGUAUUAUGCCGUGUACACACUAAAGGCUCUCGGCAAGGGCAGCGUUUACGACAAAGAAGACAGCCUCAAGAAUCUCAUCCAGCUGUUGAAGAAGGAUGACUCUCCUGCUAACUACGGCUACGUGUUCGCCCUGUGCGAACACAUGGGCUGCACGGCGUGGACGGCGAGCCACGCUGAAGGCGUGCUGCUGGCAGCUGAUGAGAGCGACUCGCGCGCGCUGCACUUCGACGGCGGCCUGCCCGUCACAUCGAUGCUGCUGUCCACUAUUACCAGGUCGUACAAGCAGCAAAAGAAGGCGUCCCCUCUCAACCCUGAGCAGAAGCUGAAGUUCGCUGAAUACGUGCUGUCGCGUCGCUCCGUGACGUCACCGCGCGGCGCCGCGCUACUGUUGGAUGCCGCCACCGCACUCGCUGACGACCAGCCCACCCCCAUCAGCAUCGUGAUCAAAGGCAAAAAAUACGUCACCUCGGACUCCGACUCCAUCGAGUUUGCCGUCACCGACCUACUUGGACGUCCCGUGCCCGGCCUCAAGCCUGAAGACGUAGUCGCUCAGUCCGGAACCCGCCUCGCCGAUGACGUCGUAGUCCUCUCCAAACAACCGCUGACUCAAAAACCCAACGAGCCCACGACUUUCGUCCUUAACCUCAGCAAGAUUAAGGCCCAAUACGGCAUGUACAAGAUCGCGCUGAGCGCUGGAGGCAAGACGGCCAAUGUGAACAUUGCUGUGUUGGGCGAGAUCCAGGUGUCGAGUAUCGAGGUGGGGAUCGGUGAUGUGGACGGCACUACCAGCCCUAAAGUCACCACCGUGACCUACCCCAAUAAGCUGACUGAGAAGCUGCAGGCUGAUCACUUGCAAAAGGUGACGCUGAAGUUCUCUGUGCGCGACAAGUGGAACAAGGCGGUGACGGUGCAGCAGGCCUUUGUGCGUGUGGGCGGCGCGCGCGACGAGACCAUCUUCGUGGCCGAGCCCGACAACGCCAAGGCCUACAAAGUCGAGCUGAACGUGGGUUCGCUGAGCAAGCACCUGAACGCGGUGAACGGCGCGUACUCGCUGAGCGUGCUGGUGGGCGACGCCGCGGCCGCCGCGCCCGUGGCCUGGCCGCUCGGGGCCAUACACUUCAACUUCGGCCGCGACGGGAACGCUGUCGGUGAAGUAGUAACCGCGAGCGUGCCUCACCGCGGGCCUUUACCAGAGAUCGUGCACGCGUUCCGUCAGCCCGAGGCGCGUCCCCCACGAGCUUUGUCCGACGUGUUCGCGGCCGCGGGAUUACAAAAAACAUUAUCCGUAGUUUCGAAUGUUGCUAUCCUUCUAGCGGAAAGCGAGAUGCCGACUGUAGUCAUAAUUAACAAUGUUUCCAUUAGGCGCUCAAUGUUGUCACCAGGUGAGGUAGUAACAGCGAGCGUGCCUCACCGCGGGCCGCUGCCCGAGAUCGUGCACGCGUUCCGUCAGCCCGAGGCGCGUCCCCCACGAGCUUUAUCCGACGUGUUCGCUUGCGCGGCCGCCGCGCCGCUGCUGCUGCUGCUGCUUCUGUGGGCGCGUCUUGGGCUUAACCUGUCCAACUUCCCUUGGACGCUCAGUGCGCUGCUGUUCCAUCUGUCGCUCGGAGCGUCGCUGGUGCUGUACUACGUGCUGUGGCUGCAGCUGUCGAUGUUCGACACGCUGCGCUACCUGCUGCCCCUAGGCGCGCUCACGUUCCUGUCGGGCCACCGCCUGCUGCGCCGCCUCGUCGCCGCCAAGCAGCGCUAACGCACCACGAGGGAACCUUGCUCGAUAACAGCUGUUUGUAAUUGUACAUCACUAUGCACGUCAGCGCUAACAAAUUCGUGAUGCGGGAUAUUCAACCUUAUUACUAUCGUCAUCUGUCCCGAGUGUCGGUAACAAUUUUGAUUACUCGUCAACUGUCCGCAGUAGUGAAGUAUUUUGUUUUAUCCAAGAUACAAGUCAAAGAUGGACUGCAGACCGCAAACUACAAGCCACCACGGUUUUU